AUGGCCUCUAAGAUAUCAUCGGCUGGAAUAAAUCCUGGCGUCGUACUGUCCCAAACGACCGAGCCCUUAGUGUUUCUAGGCCUACUUCUCAGCAUACUCUUGUCAACGCAUCGCCAUGCCAUCGAAUCGCUGUCUCCGCGCGACAAUGGCGUGCGCGCCAGGUCCAUGUCGUCCUGCCUACGGGCCUCCGGCGUCCGUAACUUCUCCAUGGCCGGGUCUCCAGGCUACGCCACCAUCUUCAACUUCUCCAUCCAGAACCUCCGCUUCGCAGCCCCGGAGUUUCGCAAGCCGGAGGCCGUCGUGCUGCCCACCUCCCGGCGCGGCCUCCAGCGCGCGGUCCUCUGCGCGCGUAGUGCGUCGCUGGCCAUCCGCGUGCGCAGCGGCGGGCACAGCUACGAGGGUCAGUCCUACACCGUCUCCGGCGGCGUGCUGGACGGCAAAGCGCCCUUCGUCGUGAUCGACCUCAUGAACCUGAACAAGGUCCGUGUCCACGCCGCGUCGGCCACGGCGUGGGCGGAGUCCGGCGCGACGCUAGAAGAGGUCUAUCACGCGGUGGCACUCGCAUCGUCGUCGAACUCCAACUGGUCGUUGGCGGUCACCGCCGCGUCGUGCUCCACGAUCGGUUUGGGCGGACACAUCUCCGGCGGCGGCUUCGGGCCGCUGUCCCGAAAGUUCAUGCUCGCGGCCGACAACGUGCUGGACGCGCUCCUCGUCGACGCGGUGGGCAGGGUCCUGGACCGCAGAGCCAUGGGCGAGGACGUGUUCUGGGCCAUCCGCGGCGGUGGCGGCGGCAGCUGGGGAGUCGUCUACGCCUGGAAGCUCCGCCUCGUCCCCAUUCCCGACACCGUGACGGUGUUCACGCCGAGACGGGAAGGCUCGGUGGACGCCAUGGCGGGGCUCGUGCACAGGUGGCAGUUCGUCGGGCCUGAUCUGCCUGACGAGUUCUACCUCUCGGUCUCCCUCACCAUCGGUAGUAGCUCAUUAUCACAGGAAGAUCGAGAUCAUCGUAACGUGACAUUCACAGGGCUGGUUCUUGGGCCGAAGGAGCUGGCCAUGUCGGUGCUGAACGAGAGGUUCCCAGAGCUGGGCUUCGCCGAGUCCGAGGUGUCGGAGAUGAGCUGGGUCGAGUCGGCAGCACGGCUCGCCGGGCUGAGCUCGGUGGACGAGCUCACCAGCAGGGUGUCCAAGACCAAGUACUACGGCAAGAACAAGUCCGACUACGUGCAGCAGCCCAUCUCGAGGGACUCCCUGGCGGCGAUGCUCCGGUACCUCUCCAAUGGGCCGCCGGCGCCAUGGCACGACUGA